GAAGAGAAGAGAAAAAUCUUCAACCAUAAGAAAACAUCGGUAGAGAGGAAAUCAAAUGCGUGCUUCAAGCCUCACUUUCCUUUUCUCUCUCCUCUCUUUCUCUCUUUCUUACCUUUUUUCUUAACAUUUCUUCAUCUCUCUCUCUCUCAUCGCUCCUUCUCUUCUCACUGUACAACAUUCCAAUCUAAGCAUUGUUUUUUGGCCCGGUUUCCUCUCUCUCAACUUUCUUUUUUUUUCUUUUCUCUCUCUCUCCUAUCCCCUUCUCCCUCUGUUUAAUUGUUUGUUUUUUUUUGUUAUUCUUUGACUAUUGUGAUCAUCAUUGUACUGCCAUCAUCAACGUACCAAUAAUUAACAUCAACAAAGCUUCACUUCCAACGACAACCACAACAAAAACAAGAAUUAACAAAAAGACAACAUUAAACGAAUAUUGUUCCGUCGAUUCCAAUCAACAUUCAAAAUUGGAAAUAAAUUGUUUUAAAAUUCAAUUUUUCUCUCUCUCUCUCUCAUUCGCUUCACACCUUAUCAUCAUCUUCUUCUUUCAUCAUCAUUGUUGUUUCAAAUCUUUCGCUCCUGGUCCAGGUAAUUUGGAGAAAAGAAACUGUGCUAACUACUUUGCUAGCAGUUAGUCGUCAUCUUUUUUUUUUCUUCUCUCUUGAUUCUCUUACCAUAGACUUGACUUAAGUACAAGUUGCUAGUUUUCUUCAUCUUCCAUCUUCUUUUUUUUUCUUCUCCCAUCGCUUGGAUUCUCUUCUUUUUCUUCAAGUCUUUUUUUCUCAUUUUCUUCAUCUUCAUCUUAUUAAUACAUCAUAAUCAUUGUGAAUUUUGUUCCAUCAUCAGUUCAGAGAGAUUUACCAUCAACGAAUUGCGACCGAACAUCAACAUAAUAUCUUAGUGAUAAUUUUCUAUUUCUCCAAAGGAAUUUCUCUUUUUUCUAUUCUCUAGAAAUUGUUUUCUUCUUCUUCUUCUUCUUCUUCUUCUCUCUCUCUCUCUCUCUCUCUCUCUCUCUCCUGUUGAUCCACAUUCUGUUUAUGUUUUGGAUGUUAACGUUUAUCGGAUACUUCCAUCAACUUAUUGUUGUUUUUGUUUCCAUGUUAAAGUUUAAUUGUUGAUACGAUAAAAACAACACCAAAAGAAACCAAAAAACAACAACAAACAUGAGCUUGAAAACAAUAUUGAGAAAUUUUCUCAAUCACUUUGAAACGCUGGAGGAGAGACGCAAAUGUCCCAAUGAUGAUGAAGAUUUAUAUGCAAUUGAAUUUCAAUCUCUCAAAGAAUUAACUGAAUCUCUUAAACGUGAAAAUUUCUACGCCUGUAAACAUGGACUUAAAGACGUUAAUAGAAGGAAAAAUCGAUACAAAGAUAUUCUUCCAUAUGAUUAUAGCCGAGUGAUUCUAAGUGAAUACCCUGGUGUUCCUGGGUCCGAUUAUGUUAACGCCAAUUUUGUUCGUGGAUCAACGGGAUCGGCCUGUGCCUAUGUCGCUUCUCAAGGUCCACUUCCUAAUACCGUUGUUGAUUUUUGGCGUUUAAUUUGGGAAUGUGAGGUUCGGGUCAUCGUAAUGGCCUGUAAUGAAACCGAAUCGGGAAAAUAUAAAUGUGAAACUUAUUGGCCUGCAGUUAAUGAUCAGGAACAGCAAUAUGGCAAUAUAACUGCUCAACAGAUCGAUUGGAGACAAGUUUGUCCCGAUUUUCUGGUUCGCACCUUUAGGAUUACAUGUGACAACAAAGAACGAAUUGUUUGCCAAUUCCAUUAUACAACUUGGCCUGAUCACGGGGUUCCCACGACGGUCGGACCGAUUUUGGAGCUUGUCAGGUUAAUGAGAGAUGUCCAAGCAACUGAGGCAACACCAAUUCUGGUUCACUGUAGUGCGGGUUGUGGCCGAACGGGUACAAUUUGUAGUAUAGAUUAUGUUUGGGCUCUUCUACGAACGGGAAAACUAAAAGAAGAUUUCAGUUUAUAUAAAAUCAUCCAUGAGAUGAGGAGACAAAGGAUCGCAAUGGUUCAGACUCAGGAACAGUAUAUACUUUGUUAUCGAGCCGUUGCUGCGCUUUUCGAGCAACAAUUAAAGGUUAUUGAUGCUCAUACAUAUGAAAACUUGGACGAAGAUGGUGAACCAUAUCAUAAGUUUGCUGAGGAAGCGAAUUCAAGUUCUGAUGAUGAAGAAAGCUCGCCAGGUAUCAGUGAAGCAGAAAUUCAUUAUCGAGUUCAAAGGAGUGCCACUUUUCCGAGUAAAGAUAUGAAACAAUUGGUUGACUCUUGGAAGAGUAAAAAAAUGACAGCUACUCCAUCCACAGAAUUACCUUCACAUCCUUCAGAUUCAAUAAUGUUCAAUGAAAAUCAAGGUAGUCAUGAUAAUAAACAGGAAAAGUUGAUUGGGAAGGCAACAGUGAUACGUCGUCCAAGCAUAGCGAAGUUUAAAGCGAUGUUUGGUUCAAUGGAAUUGGCUCAUCAUCAACUUCGCUCUCAACAUUCCCAAUCUCAUCCUCAUCAUCUUCACAAUCCAUCACAUUUUCGUCCAUUGGAACCUCCUCGUUUGGAAACUCCCUCUGAUAACGGUAACAAUAACAAUCCAAACAACAACGAUCUUUCCAACAAAAGUACCAACAACGGAAACAAUAACAACUAUUUCCAUGGGAACAAUUUUUCAUCACGUUUUCAGGACUCCGAUUGUACAGAUUCGGUGGCCACUUCAGAUCAAGAAGCUGAAAAUGACCGUGAACCCUCAUCUCAUUAUCAAAUUACCGCCAACCCUUUAUGUGAACCUAAAAAACCGUUUUCCUAUUUGGCUCCAGAGCAACUUAAAGCUUUUAGCGUUCAUCAUCUUAAUCAUAAUCAUCAUCAUCAACAAAAACAACAACAAAAACCUCCUUCAUCACCUUCACCUCCUCCACCACCUCAACUAAUCGGAGAUACGAGUAAUCAAGACUUAGCUGAUGAUGAUGAAAUUGAUGGUCAGCCAACCUAUGAAUCUCCAGCAGAUAUAAUCAGACGCCAACAACAACAGCAACAACAACUUCAUCUUCAUCAACAAAAGCAACAACAUCACAUUAAUCAACUACAAUUACAACGUCAACAGCAACAAUCACAGUUUCCCCCGCAUCCGAUGUUCCAACGAUCAUUUGAUGAUGGAAUGAUUAAUCUAAUGAAUAAACAUCGUUCGAGUCUAUUAAAAGAUUUACCUCCUCCACCUAAACCCCCAAGGACAUUUCAAUAUGGUACAAAAGGCAAUACAAUCUCUCAUAUGAAUGGUCGCGCCCUUUUAAGUCCACUGGAAUCAAAUAAUAGCGGUCGUAUCAUAGUUUCCGUUGCUAAAAGAGUUAGACCUCGAAUACACAUUCCCGAUGAUGAACGACCUUCGUUUCCUGAAUCUAAAAGUCACAAUGAUCUCUAUUCGGCUUCAACCUAUUCUAAUUUACCAUUUUCUUUUGCACGAUCGUCACCAGCACCUCCACCUUCAGCUCCUUCGAGCACGAUGACAUCUCAAUCUUCCCAAGUAAAUCAGUAUUAUGGUUACAUUUCAUCUGGAAAACAUCAAUUGGAUAAAUUAAGUCAAGAUUCAAAUAAUCAACCACUUUACGAACGAUUAAAACAUGACCUUUUCCAAACACAAACCAAUGGACAUGAUCUAUCGUCGAGUGGUAGAUCAUUAUUCCGUCCACCAAUACAUCGAAUGCCUUUAACUAAUGUAAACAAAAUAAUUAACCGUGGAGGUGGAAUCGGAAUUGGUGGAGGAAAUGAUGGAUUACCACAGUUUCUUUCACCUCAUCGAAAUUUACCUGAACCCAAUCGUUUUGGUAAUUUAACAGUUCGACGAGAAAUAACAAGUCCACCACUUUUAAUGCAGAAUCCACAUCCAUCCAAUCCAUUGGUAUCUCGAAAUCAUGGAAUCUUUCCCGGUCUUAAUGGUCAGAAUUUAGUCCAUCCAAUACCAUCACGUCCACGUCCUCCAAUCAAACUUCCCGAUUGUAAUGACCUGAGAAGUGUCGCCGGUGAUAAUAAUAAAAUAGGACAACAAGCGACUCCAAAUAUUAAAAUGAAUUCAUUCAAUAACAAUAGUAGUAACAAUCAACAGCAGGAACAACAACAAAUUAACCGGUCAAACGGUAAUAAUAAUAAACCAAAUCAAAGUAACAACGGUACACCUCGAAGUGGAAUCCCAAUCUCAGCAACUCCAACACCAGGAACUCCGAUUGGAAGUAAAUUUAAUAACAAUAAAAGCAACAAGCACAAUAACAAUAUGAACAAUAACACCAGUGAUAAAAGUUCAUCAGAAGUUGGUGGUCGUACUAAUGAAAACAAGAAAAAAUCAACUAAAUCAAAUAGUAAAAGUGAUUCUAAACUUGGUAAUCAAGUUAAUCAAGGGAAUCAAGAGACUAAGAAACAUUCAUCAUUCUCGUUUUCUAGUACAUUUUUCCCGUUUCGUAAAACAACAAAAUCGAAAAGCUCAGCUAGUCCUAAUCAACAAUCAGGCCCACAAUCUAUUCCAGGUAACAAUACAAACAUACGACCACCUCAUUCACACCGGUUUUCCCCUCCAACCCAAUGGACGCAAGUUUAAUUUUCUACCUGAAAUGAAUUAAUUAGUUAUUAUCCAAUCUAUUGAUGAACAAUUAGUGGUGAUGAUUAAUGAUCUGAUUAACGAAAAUGAAAAGCAAUUGUAUCGUGCAAUAAACGACCAUCCUCUGCCGUUGAUUUACCACUUUGAUUCAAGUCCAUCCGAAACAAAAAUAAGGCCAAAUAUAAUAUUUGACCAAGCAUCUAAUUUAAUUGUGCAACAUUGA